AUGGUGUCUUGCAAGAAGAGCUGUGGUUUCCAGAGGUCGUUGUUCUUGCUGUGUGUUCUACUGCUGAUGCUGAACGUGUACCUCUCUGUGUUUGGUAACACUAGAGGCGGAGGUAGAAAUCUACGUACCUCGCACAAACUGAGGAUGUCUGAAAUAAAUGAUUUGAAAAUAGCGCCAGAGGCAGCAUCACGCCAGACAUCAGUCAUCUCCAGUUCUGCAAACGACGUCAUUAUGAACCUAUGUCCUCCAACGCCACCAAACUUAGUUGGUGCGUUGGUUGUCGAUAUGGAACCUGUAUCAUUCGAGGAAAUCGAAAGGCACCAUCCAACCAUGACACCUGGUGGCCGAUUCCAACCUCUGGAUUGUAAGUCCCGUCACCGAGUGGCCAUCGUUGUUCCCUACCGCGACCGAGAGCAGCACCUCAAAGUCCUCCUCAACAACCUUCACCCCAUUCUGGAACGACAGCAACUAGACUAUGCUAUUUAUGUGGUUGAAAUGGACAGGCGGAGGAAUAGUUCCUCCUCACAUUCCCGUGAACGAUCGCAGAUUGAGCCUCCAUGA